UUCAGAACUGUCUGACAACGAGAACGCAAGGGAUGUAUUUGAGGAGAGUGGAUUGGAAAGUACUGACAACGACCAUAUCGGUGACGUCACGGAGGAAGGCGCAGUUCAGUUGAGGAAUGAUGUCAGAACCUCUUCACCAAAGACCAAAAGGUGUUCGAGUACCCGGAUGUCUUCAGAUUCCUGCAGCGAUCUGGACCAAGAGGAGUUACUUCAAAUUGCUUAUGAAACCUAUGUUUCAGUGAGCAGCGAAAUCAAAAAGUUUCUUGUUAAGGUCAUUGCGGAUGCCAAGAGAUAUGAAAGUAGUCACCCAGCAGGUGUAGUAUCUCGACUAAGGCCUAUUAAUUCAAAGCUGCCACGAUUUUUAGAUGAACAACGGGAAGGUAUCGGUCGAGAUGACACGUCAGUAUCACCAGCUAGAGGCCAUAGAGGCAUUCAAUCCUCUUCAAGUCAACGGAAGAAUCCAAAGGAACGACAGAAGCGACAUCAUGAAUCAACAACAAAGACUAUCAGAGGACAAGGGAGACAGCGAUCAAAGAGUGAAGGUGAUACUGAGCUGAGAUCCUCGGAACUCACUAAGCUUCCUUCUAUCAAACAAAAAAGUUCAACAAAACCCAAGACGUUCUAUGAGAUAGCUAAAGAGGAGCAAAAUGUCAGAGAAACAGCGCCCUCUGCGUUGGAUCUUAUAUAUCGUCAGUUUGGUGCAGUCAAAAAGAUGAAGGCCGGACGUCAGUAUAGUGAAGACGAUUAUAAGAAACUGAAAGACAUGCUUAGAGCUCAACAAAAACGAUACAUCAGAUAUCAGAUAAACCUUUAAAUAGAGUUUUAUAGACCAUGGCCCUGGGAAGCAAACUGAAAAAGAAAAUAAUUGGUUAGUCAUACCUAUACAUUCUGAAUCUACAUGAGAAUGGCCUUUUGAAUGUGGUUUGAAUGUCGUUUUAAAGGGAUGAUCCGGGCUGAAAGUAUUUAUAUCUUAAAUAAAUGGAGUAAAAUUCAAAGAGCAAAAUGAUGAAAAUUUGAUCAAAUCGGAAACAAAUAUUAAAGUUAUUGAAUUCUAAAGAUUUGCGUUAUUCCGGUGAA